ACAAAAGCUUUUCAUUUACAAAAGAGUUGAAAUAUUAUUGUUUGGCUAUUUAAGCAGAGUGCUUGGAUUAUUAGUUUGCAUAUUAAAGUAAAAAGCUAGAGGCACCUUAUUGUAAAAUUAAAUGACAGUCAACGCAGUAAAAGAAACGGAUUAUGAUCUGGAGGAGGAAAUCGAUUCCCAUUUGAGGCGCAUUUUCUACAUCAAACCAAAGGAAUCCGCUCCAUUAAAUCCAUACAUUGUGGAGUUCUUUGGCGUACUCAGUUUAAAAGAUCUGCGGGCUCCAGAGCGAAAGUUGUGGGUGAUAUACUACUGCAAACAGCCGGAAUUGGACAAAACCGUGGAUGAGAUCCACCAGAAGUACGGCAAGAAGAACAUGUUCGACCUGUAUCGGACGCCAGUGUUUAGUGGAGCGGCUCUACGGGUCGCGGUAAAGAAGCAUUUCUCGGAGCUCAAGUGGUUUACCACUGGAAGUCUGCUGGAGACACCUCCCAAAAGCCACUUCAAUGACGAGCGAGUGGUCAAGACCAUAGUGGAUCUGCAUCACCUGGAACAGCAGAGGCUGUAUAACUAUGUGAUGGUGAAAAACAAGUGGUUUAGACAAUAUAACCAUUAGUUCUUAACAAACCCUGUGAUCUAGUUUUAAACUGAUUUAAAUAAAUGUGGCCUUAAAGGUAAAA